ACAUGGAGAGGAAGAGGAGGAGGAGAAGAGAGGAGAAACCAAGCGAGAAGAUGUUAAGGCAUUAAUCAAAUCCACGAAACGUUUGACGUCCGCCAGGGCACGGGUAGAUCUCUCCUCUCUCUCUCUCUCUCCCGCUGAAGAAGCAACCGAAAUCGAAGUCGAACAGUCUUUAAUCAUAUUUAAGGCAAACCCUAAGUCCAUAACCGGGUGGGAGCUGUGGAAGCUCAAGAGGAGGUGGGGGAAUGGUGGAGAUUUGGCUUCAGUUCUGGGGUUUCUCCGUCGAUCUUGCCGGGGGGGGAUUCGAACGCUAACAUGGUGCCGUCAGGUUCUUCGAAUCCCAUCGGCGGAUCUCAGUCAGUGAAUCCUUCCCUUCUGCGGUCGAAUUCAGGGUUGCUUGGAGGAUCCCAGCCUGGUUCAAUCCCAUCACAGACCCCUUUCUCUUCUCUGGUCUCUCCUCGCACCCAGUUCAACGGUAACAGCUUUCUUGGAAACAUAUCCAAUGUUUCAGCCCUCAACAAUUCAUUUGGAAAUGGAGGGACUGUUAGUGGACUUUCCAUGCCAAUGAAUCUCCAACAGCGAGGUGGUCUUGGUGGUGCAGUUGAUACGGUCAGCUCCGAGCCUAAUCCUCUGUCAUCGUUCACGUCUUCGUCAGGCCAAAACCAAGGGCAGCAACAACAAUGCUUCCAGAACCCUUCAGGCAGCCAGCUUGGUCCAGACCAAGCACAGUCUCAAAUUGAUGCAGUGCAGAAUUUCCAGCAACAAUUCUCUGUUCCUCAAAGUCAACAGCAACAGCAGCAGCAGCAGCAGCUGCUGCUACUUCGAGGAGGAUUUAGUAAUGUGGGACACAUGGGGCCUGUCAAGUUGGAGCCGCAAAUUGGUCCUAGCAAUCAGAUUGGUCCAUCACAACAGUUACAGAUGUUACGCGGAACUAAUGCAGUAAAAAUGGAGCCACAGCAGUUGCAAUCCUUUAGAAGCAUGGGUCCUGUCAAAAUGGAAACUCAACAUUCAGAUCCUUCAUUGUUUCUGCAGCAGCAACAGCAGCAGCAACAACAGCAGCAGAUUUUGCAGUUAUCAAGGCAGAACUCUCAGGUUGCAGCUGCACAAAUGAAUAUCUUGCAACAGCAAAGGAUGCUGCAGUUGCAGCAGCAACAACAGCAACAGCAGCAGCAACAACAGCAACAGCAACAGAUUGGCAAGGCCUUCCCUCAGCAAAGAAGCCAGUUGCAGCAGCAGCUUCUCCAGCACAAUGUUCCAGUUAGGCCUCCAAUGAGAUCUACGACAUAUGAGCCGGGGAUGUGUGCUCGGAGGUUAACCCAGUAUAUGUGCCACCAGCAGCACCGACCACAGGAUAACAACAUAGAAUUUUGGAGGAAAUUUAUAGCCGAGUACUUUGCUCCUAAUGCCAAGAAGAGGUGGUGUGUUUCUCUUUAUGGAAGUGGCCGUCAAACUACUGGUGUUUUCCCACAGGAUGUGUGGCACUGCGAGAUAUGCAACCAUAAGCCUGGACGUGGUUUUGAAACCACAGUUGAGGUUUUACCCAGGCUUUUCCAAAUAAAAUAUGCUAGUGGAACCUUAGAGGAACUUCUGUAUGUUGACAUGCCCCGUGAGUAUCAGAAUGCUUCAGGUCAAAUUGUAUUGGAUUAUGCCAAGGCAAUUCAGGAGAGUGUCUUCGAGCAAUUGCGUGUGGUGCGUGAUGGCCAACUACGGAUUGUUUUUAAUCCUGAUCUGAAGAUUUCUUCUUGGGAGUUCUGCGCUAGGCGCCAUGAGGAGCUUAUUCCUCGAAGAGCUAUCACUCCUCAGGUUAGUCAACUUGGUGUUGUGGUGCAGAGAUAUCAGGCUGCAGCUCAAAAUGCAUCAUCAGGCUUAUCCACACAGGAUUUACAGAACACAUGUAACUCGUUUGUAGCAUCUGCUCGUCAGUUGGCUAAAGCUUUGGAAGUGCCAUUGGUAAAUGAUUUAGGGUACACAAAAAGAUAUGUCCGUUGCCUUCAGAUAUCUGAAGUGGUUAACAGUAUGAAGGAUUUGAUUGAUUAUAGCAAACAAACUGAGGCUGGACCUAUUGAUUGCCUGAUUAACUUCCCUCGGAGGACUUCCACUUCGUCAGGGCUUCAAGCUGAGCAAGCCCAACAACCUGAUCAACAGCAACCCAUCACCCAGAAUUCAAACCAUAAUGAUCAGGGCUCUGUUCAUGCCCCCAAUGUACCACUUUCCGCUGGCAGCAAUAAUGUUGUUGGUGUAGAUAACUCACUUAAUGCUGCUUCAUCUACCUCUGCGUCCACCAUCAUUGGUAUCCUCCAUCAGAAUUCUACGAAUACCAGGCAAGAAAACCAGAUGAAUAUAGUGAACAGCCCUUUUGGUGGGAAUAAUGUUCAAAUUCCGUCUUCCAGCUCAUCAAAUUCAUUAGCUCCAACCCAGUCCAAUCCUCCUUUGAAACCUGCUUCCGGUGACAACCCAACAGCAACCUCUCAUAAUGCUACUUACCUGAGCUCCACAAAUUCGAGUGCAAGUUUGUCUACAAUGCAACAGCCGGUUGCACAGUUGCAUGAAACUGAUCCAAGUGAUUCACAGAGCUCUGUCCAGAAAAUUUUACAGGAGUUGAUGUCAUCACAGCUAAAUGGUGUCAGCUCCUUGGGGAACGAGACAAAGAUGAUUAGUGGUGUCACACCAGCUUUGAGUGGGGGAAACUGUUUAGUUGGAAAUGGGAUAUCCAAUGACUCGGCUAUAAGUGGCACAGGGUUUACAGGUCUUGGUGGGAUUGGUCUAUCUGGUGCUGCUAGUGGAAUGCGAGCAGCAAUGACAAAUAAUGCUAUGGCUAUGAAUGGGAGGAUUGGAAUGAAUCACUUUUCCCAAGACCCAACAGCUAUAAACCGUCAGCAGCAAGAUAUCGGAAAUCGAUUGCUGGACAGGUUAGGAGCAGUAACCAACUUCAACAAUCUUCAAUUUGAUUGGAAGUCCUCCCCAUAGAAGUGAAGCAUAGGUGUUGGCGAAUUGAUAUUUUUACUCAAGUGGACAAAAGUGGUUUGAGCAAAUGAUAAAUCGUCAAACUGCACAUGAUCAAAUAUUUCAGUUCCUCUCCCACUUUUUUGGAAGCCUCUCAACUAAUUCCUCCGAAAGAUAACACAUGAUAGCUUCUUCCUAGUUCUUGUUCCAAUUUCAUGUCUUCUAACUGCCACUUGUAAUGCUGCAUAUUGUGUAUUAUGCUUCCAAGGAACAUCUACUAUAUCAAUGGGAAACCUGUGCAUUUGUGGAGCGAAAGAUCCUGGUAUUGCUUGUAGCCAUUUCUCAAUUAUAAAGAUGAGAUACGAGAUGGCUUGGAUA